AUGAAGAGCCAAAACUUCGUCACGAUCGGAUUUCUUCUACUCAUAACUGCUUCUCUACUACGCUAUGGUUCAUCUCUCCAGAUUCAUAAGAUUGGCGAGACCUGUUCAUCCAAUAAUCAAUGCGAUGCCGGAUUACGCUGCCAGACUUGUGCUGCAAAUGGCAAUACUCGCCCCAGAUGUACUCGUAUUCAACCAUUGAGCUCCGUCUCCAAGGUGAAAGAUCUUCCUUUCAAUCGGUAUUCAUGGCUGACAACUCACAAUUCUUACGCACUGUCCGGAGUGAAAUCAGCGACGGGAUCUAUCAUCAUAGCUCCGACGAACCAAGAAGACUCGGUCACCAGUCAGCUUAAGAAUGGAGUUAGAGGAUUCAUGCUUGAUAUGUACGACUUCAAUAAUGACAUCUGGUUAUGCCAUUCAUUUGCAGGGACUUGUUUCAAUGCCACUUCAUUUCAACCUGCCAUUAAUGUGCUGAAAGAAAUCCAAUUGUUUAUGGAACAAAAUGUAGAAGAGAUAGUCACUAUCUUCAUCGAAGAUUAUGUGACAUCCCAAAUGGGCUUAACAAAGGUAUUCAAUGCCUCUGGCCUCAAUAAAUAUUGGUUUCCAGUGUCACGGAUGCCCAAAAGUGGUGGUGAUUGGCCCACUGUAGAUGAUAUGGUCAAGCAAAACCAGCGACUAGUUGUCUUCACCUCCAAAUCUGCGAAAGAAGCAUCAGAAGGAAUUGCAUAUAACUGGAAAUAUGUUGUGGAAAACCAAUAUGGAAACGAUGGAAUGAAAGCUGGUUCAUGCACUAGCCGAUCAGAAUCGUCUUCAAUGAGCACAUCUACCAUAUCUUUGGUUCUUGUAAACUAUUUUUCUACUGACCCCAAUGCAACAAAAGUAUGUGCUGACAAUUCUGCCCCACUGGUUAGCAUGGUCAAUACAUGCUAUGAAGCUUCUGGAAAAAGAUGGCCGAAUUUCAUUGCUGUCGAUUUUUACCAGAGGAAUGAUGGUGGAGGGGCACCACAAGCUGUGGAUAUAGCAAAUGGGCAUUUAACUUGUGGAUGUGAUAAUGUUGCUUAUUGCAAGGAAAAUGCGACUUUCGGGACAUGCAAUGUACCUGUUCUCUCCCCACCACCACCGGCGGCCUUGCCGGGAUCGAAUGAAGUUGGAGGAGGAGGAGGAUCUACUGGCAAUGAUUCCUCUUCGAUGAGUGGAGGGUUUUGGAUAUUGUGGUUAAUCAGCUCCAUUGUUUACUUUGUAUUGUAAUCUUGUUUUCUUUUUUAAAUCUCUCUAUUAUUUUGUUUCAAAUAAUUUUUACUUUUA